AAAUAUAGAUUAAAGUUUGUUUUAAGCCAUGGAAUUGAAGCUGCCCUCACCAGUGUUAUUGACUGUGAUCAUAAUCCUAGGACUUGUUUCCAUCAACGGGUGCAACUGCAAGAUUGUCCAGUUCAUCUUCGGGGACUCCCUCUCAGAUGUUGGUAACAACAACCGGCUCCCGAGGAGCCUCGCCAAGGCGAACUUGCCCUGGUAUGGUAUCGAUUUUGGCAAGGGACUGCCUAAUGGAAGGUUCUGUAAUGGCCGUACAGUUGCCGAUAUAAUAGGAGACGAGAUGGGUCUCCCUAGGCCACCGCCAUUCCUAGACCCGUCCCUCACAGAGGACAUGGUAUUGGAAAAUGGAGUGAAUUAUGCUUCAGGGGGAGGAGGGAUCCUGAAUGAGACAGGAACUUACUUUAUCCAAAGAUUCUCCCUUUACAAGCAAAUCGAGCUCUUCCAAGGGACGCAGGAGCUCGUACGGAAGAAGAUUGGACGGGAAGCUGCGGACAAGUUCUUCCGGGAGUCGAGAUAUGUAGUUGCUCUUGGAAGCAACGACUUCAUUAACAACUUUCUGAUGCCAGUCUACAGUGAUUCGUGGAAGUACAACGAUGAAGGUUUCGUGGCCUACUUAACCGAAACCCUCCAAGCACAACUCCAGUUACUGCAUAGGUUAGGGGCAAGGCAGCUUAUGGUGUUCGGAUUAGGGCCUAUGGGAUGUAUUCCACUCCAGAGGGUCCUGAGCUCUUCAGGGGAUUGUCAGGAUAGAGCCAAUAAACUUGCCGUCAGCUUCAACGAAGCUGUGAGCAGCAUGCUUAAUGAGUUAUCGGGAAACCUUCUUAACGCGACAUUCAAGUUUGGAGAUGCUUAUGAUGUUGUCAACGAUGUAAUCUCCAAUCCCUACAAAUACGGGUUCAAUAAUUCGGACUCGCCGUGUUGCUCCUUCGGGAACAUAAGACCAGCACUAACUUGCAUUCCGGCAUCUACCCUCUGCACAGAUCGAAGCAAGUAUGUGUUCUGGGACGAGUACCAUCCCACUGAUAAAGCCAACGAAAUAGUCGCCAGUGAACUCAUAAAGAAAUUUGGGUUUCUGCGUGUUAAUCAAACCGAAGCCCCUUCUCCUUCCCCUGUUCCCGGCCCAGCUCUUGCUCCGGCACCAGAAGGAUAGUGCAUAAUUACUGGAUUCCAUCACUGAUGUUAUUUACUUGUAAGAGAAGCAAUUUUUCACAGAGCUCCAAGUAAGUGCUGAGAUGCAAUAAUGUGUAAUUAUUUCACGGUUACACUGCUCACAUCAUAAUACAAUAAGACCCUUUCUGCUA